AUGAAGACAACAACUACUAUUCCAAUAAAGCUACCACAUAUUUCAGCAUCUAAGCGUGGUCGUCAAACCAAUCAAUUACAAUUUAUGUCCAAAAUUUUAUUUAAAACUUUAUGGAAACAUGAAUUUUCGUGGCCAUUUCAAAAGCCAGUUAAUGCUGCUAAAUUACAGUUACCUGAUUAUCAUAAAAUCGUCAAAUAUCCCAUGGAUCUUGGUACAAUAAAAAAACGUCUAGAAUCGAAUUAUUAUUAUAGUGCUAAAGAAUGUAUCACAGAUUUAAAUAUGAUGUUUACUGAUUGUUAUUUAUAUAAUAAACCAGGAGAAGAUGUUGUCAUUAUGGGUGCAACACUUGAGAAAGUUUUCUAUGAAAAAUUAGCUGAAAUGCCGUCAGAUGAAAUCGAAAUCGUACCUCAGACAUCGAAAACAACUGCUUCGAAAGGUCUUGGAACAGGAAACUUGUCUGUUUCGAUCAUUUCACCAUCAACACCAAGCGAAAAUUUGAAUUCUCCAUUAGCAUCACCAUCAACUCCAUCAAUGGCAACACGUGCUGCCGCAGUCAAUCCUACACAUACGGGUAGUGCAAAUGCAUUAUCUCGACAUCGUUCAUCGUCAGCGACCAAUCCAAGUGGUGUUACAUCACCGUUUUCUCCGUCAAAUGUAAAUUCAAAUCAUAUUGAUCAUAGUGGACAGUCAAUGUCUCCACCGUCGGUAACACGAUCUAUGCCUAAUACAGCAAUACGUACAAAUCCACCAGUAGCCGCUAAAGUCAUAAGUGAAACAACGCUCGAUACGUCCACAACAAGUUCAAAACGGAAAGGUGAUAUGACAGAUGAUUCAAUAGCUAAUGAUCAAAAUAAAAUCACUGCUCGACGUGAUAGUGGAACACGACGAACGAAUAGUGUCAGUGGACCAUUCAAAAGAACGAAAUACGAUAGUAGUAUUUCGGUUGAAUCAAAUGAUCCACAACUUAAACGAUCAAAAAAUCGUAUGACGGAACAGUUAAAAUAUUGUGUCAGUAUUAUUAAAGAUUUAUUGAAUAAAAAGAAUGUGUCAUUUGUUUGGCCUUUCUCUAAACCUGUUGAUGUCGAAAGUCUUAAUCUACCAGAUUAUCAUCUAAUUAUAAAAAAACCAAUGGAUCUUGGAACAGUGAGAAAAAAACUUGAUAAUCGUGAAUAUGCAACACCAGACGAAUUUGCCACUGAUGUUAGACUUAUAUUUAGCAAUUGCUAUCUUUACAAUGGACCUAAUACAGAUGUCGUAGCAAUGUGCAAAAAAGUUGAGCAAAUGUUCGAAAAUAAAUAUGCAAAAUUACCCGAUGAGCCACCACCGAUGCCAACUCUUGAAAUUGAUCCACCACUACCGCCUCCACCACCAGUGCCGUCGUCUUCAUCAGUUAGUACCAUACGCAAUAAUGGACCAUUACCAUCAACGGCAACACGAAAACAUAGUCGCAAUCCAUCAAAAAAUCAUACGAAUAUCAGCAGUAGUAGUAGUAGUGUACCGCAAACAUCUAUGAUGAUAAGUUCAGACGACGGUGCGUCGUCUGACGAAAGUUCAAAUGAUGAAAUGCAAACGAAUGAUGAAAAUACUCUACGACAGUUACGUGUUCUUCAAGAUCAAUUGAAAGUUUUUGGCGAUACAAUAAAUGGAUUGAUUCAACGAGAAAACGAUCGUCUUGUAGUAAAUCGUAAACGUAAACCAAAAGUUAAACGAAAUAAAACAAAAGUUCGUGGUCCUCGUCAAAUGUCGAAUCUAUCGAAUAACACCUCAACACCUAUGAAUUCAAAUACAGUCAAUGAUACAAAUCGUUUUAGUUCUUUAACAUCCACAAAUCCAUCUCUAUUGCCACCAAAUCCACUUACCAAUACGCAGUCACAAAUGCCGCCAACAGCUACACGUAAUUCAGCUGUACCAACGGCUAGCAAGAAAAAAGAAAACUCUGCUAUUGCAGGCCUACUUACAUCAACACCAUCAACUGGCUAUUCAGCAAGUAGUGGCCUUCCAGCUCCCAAUGGUACAAGUCAAUUUAGUAGUACUCAUAUGAAUCAAUAUCAUGUUAGCGAUGCAAACGUUUCUAAACCUCCACAAGCAACGAAAAAUGUUACACCUAUGACUGGAAUUAGUGCCGGUUUAGCUAGUCGAGGUUCCGGUAAAGGUAGUCGUGCUGGUGGUGGAGCUGGCACUGGGCCAAAACGAACACCAAAGAAACCUGAUCCUAAAACAAUACAAUCAACGACGAAUGUUCCAUCAGUGAUGUCAACACUUGAUAUUGAAAAUGAAGAAAAUCCUAAACCAAUGACUUAUGAAGAAAAACGUCAACUAAGUCUUGAUAUUAAUAAUUUGCCGAGUGAAAAACUUGGUCCUGUUGUUGAAAUUAUUCAUCGUCGAGAACCAUCGUUACGUGAUUCAAGUCCAGAUGAAAUGGAAAUCGAUUUUGAAAUGCUCAAACCUUCAACAUUACGAGAAUUAGAAGCCUAUGUCAAUCAAGUUAUUAAACGAAAACCACGUAAACAACCGAAUACAUCUGAAAAAACAACUUCAAAAGCGGCAGCAUCAGCAGCCAAUCCUGAAAAACGCAAUCUUGCCAAAGCUCAAAAUGCUCAGAAGAAAGAAGAAAUUCAAAAACGUCUUGAAAAAGUGCAAACACAAUUAGGCACUAAAACCAAACAACCAUCCACUACUUCAUUAGCAAAACGAGAUUCUUCAAUUUAUAAUUCAACAAGCGGCGCUUCAACUGGUCAAAUAAAUCCUCCUUCAUUAUCGUCGACGGCUCCUGCUGCGCCAAUUCUAUCAAAACGUUUAAGUGAAAGUUCACAAUCAGAGAGCGAUUCUGAUUCAUCACACAAUGGAGGCGACUCUGACUCCGAGUCAGGCAUCGACGAUAUCAAAUCAGCUGCUAAUGGUGCUGCUGUAUCAGCAAGAACAAAAGAUCAGACAUCCUCAAAUCUUGACAUCAAUGUCGAUAAUCUCACGAAGAGAAAAGAUGAUAUGGGUAGAACUAGAUUUGAGAGUGGCAAUAAUGCGAACGAUUUAACUGAAAGACGACCGAGUUUUCACCUAGGUGGAAAUGAUGAUGAUCUUUCAGAUGACUCCAUACCCACGACUUCACCAGCUGCAAAACACACGGGAGACGAUGACUCAUCGAAACGAGAUUCAAGUCUAUCGCGUUUAACUAGCGCUAGUUCAUUGAGAAGAGAUAACUUUUUAUCGCUGGCUGCUAAAACUGCUACCACAUCAGCGUCAUCAUCAACAGUCAAACCUGAUGAUAAAGUAGCGCAAGAUCGCUUUAUGCAAUAUCAAAAACAAGCUAAACUCAAAGCUGAACAAGAAAAAUUGUACAAAGAACAAGAAGCGAAAAAACGAGAAGAUGAAGCGAAACAAGCACGAUUGUUAUCUCGAAAAGAAACGAAUGGUAAUCAUGUUAAUGAAACAUCAUGUCGUAAUUCAACAAAACAAACUGCAUCAACCUUGUCGGAUGCAUCUCCCUCACCGCCAUCAAUGCAUCAAAACUCAUUAUCAGCAUCAUUGAAUCCACAGCAAGAAAUGAAUAUGGACGAUGAACAACGACAGAAACGAGAGAUUGCUAAACGACGCGAAGAAGAUCGUAGACGUCGAGAAUGUCAAGCCCUCAAUCAAUCAUUACCAUUUAAUCGUCAUACUGAUGUUGAUUUUUCAUUUAUGAACGGAUAA